GUCUCUCUGGCUUGGCUUGGGCUUGGCCUUGGCUGAGUUGGUGGAUUCCAGCAACGAUGCUGAAGCCUGCUGCCUUGAAUUCUAACUGGAUUCCAUCGCCAAGGCCUCGCCAGAUUGUAAUACUGCCCCCGCUUCACGCUUUUCUUGCUUCAUUUCCCUUUCUUCUGAAUUUUGUUUCAUCUCUUUUGGUGGCCGGAUGGGCUAUUGUACUAAUUUUCAUGGCAGUGAGAGAUUUGUGAGAGGUGGUCUGGGCAAUGGAGUGAGGGUGCGAUGGAGUUCUGCGUUUGAUUGAAGUGGGCGAUGGUUGAAAAGGAUCGGGUGAAGUGGAGGUGGAUUGGAUGUACAAUUAGGGCUACAUUCAUGCUCUCCGCUCUCUUGUUUGAGAUAUAAGAUGGACUACCUUGAGACUAUUGGACAGAAGGUGGGGUUGGGAAACGUGGACUAUGACAACGUCAAGAAGCAGGCUUCCUUUUUUCUAAGAGAAAAGAUCAAUUCUGCGCGGCUGCUUCUGACUGGCGUCACGACCUGCCAGUUGUUGGCGGAGGAAGCUACGAACGAUGACCCAUGGGGUCCUUCAACGAAAACCAUGGCUGCUAUUGUUGAUUCUUGCCGCCAACCGGACGAGUAUCCUCGUAUUAUGGAGGUUCUUCAUGGGAGGUUGACAUUGAUAGGAAAGAAGUACUGGAGGCAGUUUCUGAAAACGCUCACCGUUAUUGAGUUUCUACUCUUCCAUGGCCCAGAAAAAAUAGUCAUAGAAUUCAGCUCAGAUAAAGACCUUAUUGAGGAUCUAACACGCUUCAACUACGUCAGUGAGCGGGGGGUUGAUCACGGACUAGUUGUGAAAAAAAAAGCCAAGCAAGUGCUGAAGCUGCUGACGGAGGACGAUUAUCUGCGGGAAGAACGUUCUCGAUCUCAGAAGCUUUCAAAAACCAUUUUUGGACAGGGAAGUUAUCAAUCAAAUGGCAUCGGGUCCGGUGCUUCUCGCUACGGGGGAUUCGGUAAUACUCCCACGUCAUCCUCAGCUUCAGAUGGUCUUAUGUUUGAUACGGACUCGGACGAUUACCACGUCGAGAAGAAGUUCACUGCAUUUGAAGAAAGAAUUUUGUCUGAAAAGCGCGGUAAUAGGCAGGAGAAAUCAAGACAUGUCGCUGAGGAGAAUUCAACUAGUGACUGGAAAGCAUUCGAGGAUGAUACUUCCACCUUCUCUUUUAAGCAUAGCGCGAACGAUUCAAACUGGGCCGACUUCUCUAACUCAAGCCCAGGCAUGAGUCCAAAAUUGAACGGCUCGUCUUCGUCUACGAGGAAAGAUUAUCUUUUCGAUGAAGAAGUUUCAUCACCUCAUCCUCCUCGGAUCUCCACUUCUAUCAAUCCUGAAACCAGUGUGCAGAGUCCAAAGGCUACGCCCAAGAUUCCUGUCAAAGAACCAAUGAAAGGGCAAUCUACGACGCAUGGACCUCGUCGAAGUAAAAGCAAGAUAAGGAUGGGCGACUUAGCAUUGGCCACUUCAUCUGGCAAGUUCAAGCUUCCCCCUCCUCCACCUCCACCAGGCGGCUUCAAGUCCCCAAUUGCCAGGCCAAAGCCUCAGCCACCAGCACAACCAGUAGGCGAUUUGCUGGAUUUUGGCUCUGAAAAUACGGGCUCAGCAACUGGCUGUAAUGAUAAUGCUCUUCUUAGCUUUGAGACUCCUUCAAAUGUGUCGAAGUCAGAUCAAGCAAUUAUAGACCUUCUGACAAUUUCAACUACUUCGACAAGGCUGACCGAUUUCGACUUCUUGAAUACCUAUUCAAGUGUUGGCAAGGAAUCCACUGCCAGAAGCUCAGGUUUGACACAGUUAGCUCCAGACCUUUUCGACCUUGGCAGCAAGGCUACUAAGAAUGAUUCUGAUGCUUAUGGAUUUCUCGGUAAUCAACUGCCUGCAAAUCAAACAAACGCUGUAAAAAACAAAGCCUCACUAGGAGGCAUCCCGGAUUUCAUGGAUCUGAACAAGGAGACCUCCACCACAUCUGCACUGGACCUUUUCGGCACAGCUGCUCAGGACCCUCAUUUGUCCCUCAACUUCGAUUUGUUUGGAGAACGGGUGCUCCCUGUUAAAGCUCCCAGUUCAUCCAUCGAUUUCUCAGGUCUCGAGGACCAGACCUUCUUGCGUGAGCACAGCAAUACAGGUUCUGCUAUGUUACCGGAUGCGGCUCCUGAUCUAUUUGAUUCAAUUGCCCCCGACUUUGCAUCAUUUGGUGUACGUGAUAUAGAGAAGAAGCCUGCUGCAAAACCAGCUGAUGUCAUUUUCAACCUUCUUUCCUAGCUUCUUUUGUAGAUGAUUGUAAUUUUCAUGGUCCGGUAGCGACACAUUAUAAUCGGUAUCAUUUUCACAUUGCAUCUGAAAGGAUGUGGUAAUUAGGGUAUCUUAGAAUUAUGAGGACGAGUAGUCUUUGUAUUUGGAUAAUGGCUGGUUGCAAUUUAAUCUCUGCGAUGCACAGCUUAGCUGUACAAUUCGGGCUUGGUUAAAACACUUCAGUUGACUAGUAGAGUGACUGAAAUUAGACUGGAAAGACAGCUUCAGCCAAAGACUUCUUCAAGUGUCUCAUGUCGUUUUCACAUUGAUAGGAUGACUGGAUGUUUCACUAUUAUUGCAUUCUUAAUGAAGUCUAGUGUGCUUAACACAUGUUUUUUUAUUUUU